AUGAGGCCAUUUGCCGCGAAGAGUGGACAGCUAAAUCACACAUACGAUGCCAUUGUGCUCGGUGCUGGAGGUGCUGGCCUUCGGGCUGCCGUCGGUCUUGCCGAGGCCAAUCUCAACACAGCCGUGAUUACGAAACUCUUUCCAACACGAUCACAUACUGUUGCAGCUCAAGGCGGCAUCAAUGCUGCGCUAGGCAACAUGCACGAUGACGACUGGCGGUGGCACAUGUACGAUACAGUCAAAGGCAGCGACUGGCUCGGGGACCAAGAUGCAAUCCACUAUAUGUGUCGCGAAGCGCCUCGUGCAGUGCGGGAACUCGAGGAGUACGGCAUGCCAUUUUCUCGAACGUCGGAAGGGACGAUCUAUCAGAGACCGCUAGGGGGACAAAGUCUCGAAUUUGGACAAGGAGGGCAAGCACACCGAACGGCAUGUGUGGCAGACAGAACUGGGCAUAGUAUGCUGCAUACGUUGUAUGGACAAGCCUUAAAACACGAUUGCAAUUUCAUGAUUGAGUGGUUUGCGCUGGAUCUGAUCAUGGACAAAUCCACUCCCACACCUACGUGUAUUGGUGUCACGGCGCUGGAUAUGGAAAGUGGGACAUUGCAUCGACUCUUUGCGAGGAACACAGUGCUGGCUACUGGUGGGUAUGGACGUGCCUAUUUCUCUGCUACUUCGGCACAUACAAGUACUGGUGAUGGGUUGGCUAUGGCGAGUCGUGCUGGCUUGCCGUUACAAGAUCUGGAGUUCAUACAGUUUCAUCCUUCUGGAAUUUACGGCGCGGGUGUGCUGAUAUCAGAGGGAGCAAGAGGUGAAGGUGGGUACUUACUGAAUGGAGAGGGUGAGCGAUUUAUGGAGCGGUACGCGCCAACUGCGAAAGACCUGGCAAGUCGAGACGUGGUCAGCAGAGCCAUGAAUAUGGAGAUCCGAGAAGGAAGAGGUUGUGGGCCGAAUAAAGACCACAUAUAUCUGCAAUUAUCACACCUACCGAAGGAAACAUUACACGAACGAUUACCUGGUAUCGCAGAAACAGCUAGUAUAUUUUCUGGAGUGGAUGUAACCAGGCAGCCGAUACCUGUUAUACCGACCGUGCAUUACUGCAUGGGAGGAGUACCAACGAACUGGAAAGGACAAGUCAUUGAUGUUGACCCUAAUACUGGGAAGGAGAAGAUAGUGAACGGACUAUAUGCGGCGGGUGAAGUUGCUUGUGUCAGUGUGCACGGUGCGAAUCGGCUGGGGGCAAAUAGUUUGUUGGAUAUUGUUGUAUUUGGACGAGCAGCAGCUGGACACAUUGCCGAAAACAACGAAACUGGAAUGCCAUUUCUCAGAAACGGUUCCGAGAUCACCAACGAGAUGGGUAUCGAAGGAUUUCAAGACAUUGAAAGGUUCAGGAAUAGCGAUGGAACGAGGCUGACAGCUGACCUGCGGAGUGACAUGCAAAAAGCCAUGCAAACUGACGUGGCUGUGUUCAGAAACGAGGAGAGUUUGAGUACUGGAUUGAAGCGUAUAAAUGAGGUCGAAGAGGCUUUCAACAACGACGUUUGUGUCAAGGACAAGAGUCUGAUAUGGAACUCGGACCUUGUCGAGACACUGGAAAUGAGGAACCUAUUGACGUGUGCCGCGCAGACAGCGAAAAGUGCACUCGUUCGCAAAGAAAGUCGUGGUAGCCAUGCUCGAGAAGACUUUACGGAGAGGGUGGACAAGGAGUUCAUGAAACAUACUAUCAGCUGGCAAAAGGAAGUUGGACAGGAUAUACCAAUUGGAUAUCGCCAGGUCAAUUUUGCGACGUUGGACGAGCAGGAGUGUCCAUCUGUACCACCAAAGCUAAGAACGUAUUGA